AUGUCUGAGUUAGAGAAGGCCAUGAUGGCCCUCAUCGAAGUCUUCCAUCAAUAUUCCGGGAAGGAAGGGGACAAGCGCAAGCUGAAGAAAUCAGAACUCAAGGAGCUCAUCAACAAUGAACUUACCCAUUUUUUAGAGGAAAUCAAAGAUCAGGAGACUGUGGACAAAGUCAUGGAGACACUGGACAGUGAUGGGGACGGCGAAUGUGACUUCCAGGAAUUUAUGGCUCUCAUUGCCAUGAUUACCGCCGCCUGUCACGAGUUCUUCACACAGGAAUAA